AUGGAAGCCUCGCUGGUACGCACGACAUCACGGCUGGCAUCCCAACAGCUCAGCCGUAGGAGAUUGUACAGUACAGUACAAGAUCUCCCCAGAACUGUUGGUAGCUUCACAGAUGCAGCACCGCCAGCUCCGACUCGCUCGAGAAGUGUCUUCGAUGAUGCCGUCGUGGCUGCAAGCCCACGAUAUGACUGGACGAGAGAACAGAUUUCUCAAAUACACCAGACACCGCUCAUGGAGCUUACAUACGCUGCUGGUAAUGUCCACAGACGCUUCCACAAGCCCGGCGCAGUUCAGCUCUGCACACUCAUGAACAUCAAAACCGGUGGCUGCACAGAAGACUGCUCAUACUGCGCCCAGUCAUCUCGCUAUAAGACUGGCCUACAAGCAACUAAGCUCUCCACCGUGGAGUCGGUCAUGGAAGCCGCCAAAGUUGCCAAAGCCAAUGGCUCGAACCGCUUUUGUAUGGGUGCUGCAUGGCGAGACAUGCGAGGUCGAUCCCGAGGAAUGAAGAAUAUCGUCGAUAUGGUCAAAGGUGUACGAUCACUAGGCAUGGAAGCAUGUGUGACACUCGGCAUGGUGGACAGGGAACAAGCCAAGAUGCUCAAAGACGCCGGUCUGACAGCGUACAACCACAAUCUCGACACUUCCAGAGAGCACUAUCCUAACAUCAUCACGACCCGGUCCUACGACGAGCGGUUACAGACCAUCGAGAACGUCCGCGAAGCUGGUAUUCACGUUUGCAGCGGUGGCAUUCUCGGUCUAGGAGAGACCCCGCAGACAGACCACGUUGGCCUCAUCCACACCCUAGCCACACUGCCCGCACACCCAGAGUCCUUCCCUGUCAAUAAGCUCGUCCCCAUCAAGGGCACACCAAUGUUCGGCGAAGAGCCCGUCAAGUUCGAGGACUUGGUUCGGUGCAUAGCGACAGCACGACUCGUGAUGCCAGCCACAAUCAUUCGUUUGGCUGCCGGGAGAGUCACGAUGCCGGAGAGCGAGCAGAUGAUGUGCUUCAUGGCGGGCGCGAACGCGAUCUUCACGGGUGAGAAGAUGUUGACCACUGACUGUAAUGGUUGGGAUGAGGACAAGGACAUGUUCAGACGGUGGGGCUUGGAGCCGAUGCAGACUGAUGCGAGUCGGUUUGUGGAGGUCGAGCAGGAGCCGGUGUUUGAGUCGAGGAGUUUUGCUCACUUGAAGGACGAGGUCCCAUCCAAGGCUACUGAGGUGGCCACGUGA